AUGUCAAAGCUGGUUCAGGUCAUCAUCCUAGACCCUCCCUUUGACCUCAGAUUUAUAGGUCCUUUCACAGAUGUAGUUGCCUCCAACCUCAUACUGACGAACCCCUCUGACAGAAGAGUUUGUUUCAAAGUGAAGACAACAGCACCCCACAGGUACUUUGUACGACCAAACAAUGGUGUCAUUGAUGCCGGAGGAACUUUCAACGUCUCAGUCAUGCUGAAGCACUUUGAUUAUGACCCCAACCUGAAAACCAAACACAAAUUAAUGGUGCAGACAAUUUUUGUCCCACCAAAUGUGUCUGACAUUGAUGCAUUGUGGAAGGAUUCAAACUCUAAUGAUAUCAUGAUUUCCAAGCUGAGAUGUGUCCUUGAGGAGCAAUCUGAAAAUGAUCUGGAGGAGACCCAAAGCAGCCUCAGUGAUGUACUCUGUGCAGGUCUAUUCAACAGCGGCCUGGGUACCAGCUUGAGCCCCACAGGAGGAUUAAGAGAUGAAGAUGGUGCAGGUAUUGGAAUAAGAAAGGUAUCCUGGUUAGAACCGAUGGCAACAAACACAACUAGCCCCCGGGGCCGAGAAGCAACCACCGCCAACCGUCGUCCCUAUCUCCUCUUUGUCAUAGCAGCCAUCUUCAUCGGAUUCAUCGGAUUCCUCUUAGUAAAGUUCAUCUUGUAG